AUGUCCUUCAACAAAGAGAUUGAGCAUGAUCUUCUUCUCUCUGGAGAAGAAGAAAUGUCCUCAGAUGAAAUUGAUGCUCACUCGCUGGUAGAGAAGUAUUCUUUUCCACCACCAUCCAAAGUUUUGUGUCGUCUAAGACAGUUUCCAUGGCAAGCCAUAGUCAUACAUACCGGUAUUCUCGUUAUCUACUCCGCAGUCUUAUUUUUCAUUGUGGUACCUGUCUGGACAUCCUAUCAAACAGGAAGUGAAGUUGCGUACACCCCUUUCAAUCCCGGUCUACAAGCACAGGUAUUUCAGCAUAAACACUCGGUUUACGUUGGUAAACCAUCGUAUGAGCUAGACAAAGCUUGGAGGAAGGUCCUCAAGAACUCCAACAUUCGUAUCACCGAGGAAGAAAUCAUGCAAUUUCCUGGCCUUAAAGAACAGGCCAUUGAGCUGCCUGAUAGAGGUUAUUUUGCAACCCCUAACGUUUACCACAACCUUCAUUGCAUUAAGCGUCUUCAUCACUAUAUGUAUCCAGAAUACUACUUUGCCAAUAUUACACAAGAGCAAAAGGUGGCAAACGAAUAUCACAACUGUGAGCUUCUUACCCAUUUCUGA